AUGGGUAUCCCGCUCGACUACACUCCUCCUGCGUCUCGCUCGCGCCCCAGUGCCGGGUCAGGCGUUCGCGUCUCUGCAGACGCUGGUUCCAAACCGCCGGCCGACCCAACUGCAGCCGCUCGCUCCUCGAUUCGACGCAGCCCGCACCCGCAGCCCAGGAGAAUAUUCGGAAGGGUGCACGCUGCUCGUCGCCCUAACGCCGUCCUUGACCCGAGAGACCGAUACCUGAUCUUGGAUGCUGCCGCCCGGACAGUCGACCGGGACCGCAGCUAUGAGAGGGACCCGUCGCUCCCUCGCAUCGCCAGAAACCCGAUGGUGGACCACAGCACAGGCGGUCCAGACAGCGCGGAGUCACCGGCAGGUCUCAGCCGUCGCGAGAUAGGCCGUCGGCUACUGCGAGAUAGCGUCAACUACACCUAUCCUGGCCGACGGAUGAGGAUUCCCAGAGACAUGCAUGGCCAGGACAUUCUCCCGCUGGCCGCUCCCAACACUCUUCGAAACCGGCCAUCGUACUCGCCCCGGUUUGCACCAGCUCAUCCUGAAGACUCCGGCCUUACUAACAGCCUAGAGACCGAUGAUUCUUCUACCACGGAGGGGACCAUGGACGCCAGUAUGCCACUUCUGCGUCGCGUGGGCCACCGCUCUGUAGCCACCGCACGGAACUCGCCAUCAAUAGUACCUGCACUGCCUUUACCCCGGGCCGAGUCUGUCAUGUCUACAGAUGAUGAAGCGCCAGAUGUGUCAGACUCCUGGGCUAGGCUGCUCAACACCAUCCCCUUGGACAACCAUCUUCCCAGUGCAGACUCCUCUUUCACAUCUGCCACUGCAUCGGCCUCUGCUUCUGCUUCUAGAUCGUCUACCGCAGCCCCGACGACUCUCACCCCUAGCUCGUCUUUUGGUUCCACUACCUCUUCACGCCUGCAUAUAAUGUUUGACCCAUUCCCGUCCUUUUCUGCAAACUGCGAUUAUAUCUCUUCCUCAGAAAAUUCAGACACAGAGGCCGAAGAGGACUUGGAACGGCUUCGAAGCCACAGGCGCCGAAGUCAGCCCCGAAGUCAAUCACAAUCACAAUCGCAGACGCCAACACAGACACAGAACCCAACGCAAUCCCAGUCUGAGAGCAACACCCCUACUGAUAGUUUUGCACCCACUGCUUCUUCAUUCACUCUCGAAAACGAAGCAGCCGGCCUACAGCUACUUCACGACACCCUCAACCUUCUAAGCAGACGAGAUGAUAUUCCAGAUGAAUGGUGGGCGACCGCUGGCCUAACUCGCAUCAUUUAA